AUGGUGCUAGUUUCCAAGAGUGAGAAGAGACAGAUCUAUCAAUACUUGCUUAAAGAGGGAACACUUGUCGUUAGAAAAGACGCAGGACUUCCAAGACACCAAGACAUCGCAGUCCCUAACCUCAAGAUCAUGAUGAUUUGCAAAAGCUUAAAAUCAAGAGGUCUCAUUGAAGAAAAGUUCAACUGGCAGUGGUUCUAUUAUUACUUAAAUGAGAAAGGAAUACUAGCUAUGUGCGAAUAUCUUGGAUUACCUUCAAAUAUUAGACCAGAUAUCUACAAAGCACCUGCUGUAAAGAAGCCUAGAGAAAACGAGGAUAGAGUCAGAAGAGGAGGGUUCGGCAGAGGUCUUAAAAAAGAAUAA